AUGCAUUUGAUGUAUACUUUGGGCCCAGAUGGCAAAAGGAUUUAUACAUUAAAAAAGGUCACUGAGACCGGAGAAAUUACAAAGUCAGCUCACCCAGCUAGAUUUUCUCCAGACGACAAAUAUUCGAGACAAAGAGUUACUUUAAAAAAGAGAUUUGGUUUGGUACCAGGUCAAUAA